AUGAAGCUAACAGUAGUAUGGGGUCAGGAUAAUUGUGGGUUUGAAACUAACAGUAGUAUGGAGUUCAGAAAUAACAGUGAAGGCGGAAGAAGAAAUUUGGCACUUAACAAACCAGCUACACAUAUAAGUCAGUAUUCAGAUUUAGCAGCGAGAAGGGCUAAUGAUGGUAUCGAUGGUAUAGAUUCGUCUCUGGGAAGUUGUAGUCACACGGCAGGAUAUGCUGCCCCUGUUCCAGAAUCACAUCCAUGGUGGGAAGUUGAUCUGUUACAAGAAUAUUACAUUUCAGCUGUAGCCAUUUCACAUCCUUCUUACGACCCACCGCGAUUGUGUCAUGAUUUUUCGAUCAAGAUCCACAGAGAUGGAGAAACUAUUGAUGAUGCUGUAUUUUGUUACUAUCAUGUGGGGCAGCCAACUAAAGAUGCAACUGAGCUGUAUUGGUGUAAAACUGCUAUUCAAGGACGUCAUAACAUGGCUUUUUUCUUUUUGUGUUAG